AGAAAAUAAGUACAUAACAUACGGAACUCAAAUUAAAGAAGGAAUAUAAUAGCAAAACCCCGAAUUGAAGGCAAGACAAUGAGAUGAUUCUCUGCUAUGAUAUGAUAUUCUUUGAGGAAACUGAGAAGAAACCUAAACCCAAAACACAAAUUCCGCUUCCCCGCCGACCGUAUAAAAAGUAGCCGAGGAAACACAUUUUGUCUGCAUUACCAUAAUCUGUUUCAAUCAUCAAAGAAUCCGAUCGACUUGGAAGCUACAUGGAGGCCAAGGUUGGAUCAGUUGCCAGCCCAUGCGAUCCUGUCUUCCAAUGGCAACACCAACCAGAUUACGAUGAUCUCAUGCUCCAUGUACCGGAAUUCAAGGCGGAGCAUCUGAGAGUACUAGUCAACAAUUGUGGAAUACUGAAAAUUUCCGGGGACCGACCGCCGGAAAGUUCGUUCUACAAGGAAGUUAUAGUUCCUCCCAACUGUAACCCUGAUGAGAUCCAAGCAAAAUAUGUGGAUGGUGUUCUCCACAUUAUAAUGCCUAAGAAGAUUAGUGAUCCCCCACACGACAAUAAACCCAAACCUCACUCUUCAAAUCCAUUGAUUGCCGUCAAUGUUGCAGCUCUAGUGGCUGUCAUUUCCGUCAUCACUGCUUGCUCUUAUUACAUGUACAAGUCAAUAAUGGGUAGUAGUAGCUAACUGAUUUUAAUGUUGUAUGUCACUAAAAAAACACCAGACAAUGCACAAACUGAAGAUAGCAUUUAUGUAAUUUCCACUUCUUGAAAGCAAUGAAAAAUGGGUUUAUGUGCCCAAAUGCAUUCAGAUAACAAGCCAAAACUUACAGGAUGAUAUAAUUUUCUUUGUUUUUUUUUUCCCUUUAAGAAAAGGGAAAGAUUGAAAACAAAGGG